CGUUGGCUGUUCGGACCCUAACGAAAAUAUUUCCAGCGCGAACACUUUCAAUCUGCUGGAGAAACUCGACCGCAAAGGUUUUCCGCUGCGUGAGCUCAAACCGAGAGAGACCGUUCGCUGCGUGCUUACCCCUUUUUUGCGCCCCCUUGGAGUGCCUGUGUGUGGGUGUGAGUGUGUGUGUGUGUGUAUACGUUCAAGAAGUGGGAGCAAGUGAGACACGCUACUAUAGCUAGAAACACGUACAAGUGAGACCAAAAAUUGAGCCGCAGUAGUAGCAUCAGCAGCAGCAGCAGCAGCAGUAGAAAUAAUAUUACCGACAGUGAACAAUCGAUCGAGCACGUUUACUCGAACGCGUUGUCGCGUUGUUUUCUGAAGCGUUUAGCUAUUCGCAAUUCAAUUUUCGCUAAAUAAUCUCCCCGCGCCGAGUGGCUUAAAAGUGGCUGGGUGAGUGUAGUGACGGUUUGGUGCCGUGACCAGGAAACGCCUAAGCGAAAGCAACCAAACGAAGCGAUCUUUGUACAAUAUAAGUUCGGCAAGUGAUUUUACGCGCAUUUCUCGUGCUGCAUUUCGUGUAUUGCAUUCGAGUAAAGCAAACAGGCAAACAAAAACCAUCAACCAAACACAUCAAGUGAGCAAAGGGUGUGCAAAAGGAACGGCCCAUAACAGGUACACAUAAUAGCAAAAGGGGAUCGCUACGGCCGAGCGGGCUUGCCACAUGCUGUGUUGUGCCUACAUUUCUGUUAACAUUCCUGACGCUUUGCAGACGCGUGUACGCCGUGGGUGUUGAAUAGUGCAUGUGCGCGUCGUGUGAGAGAGGUUCUCUGAUUUUUUUUGUUUUGCCUUCCCAAACCCUCGGCUGCCUGUGUUGCAUCUUUGCUUGAACAGCGAAGGGCAGAAGAAGAGAAAAAAAAACCGACAACAACUGCCUGCAGUUGCAGCAAGUUCCCCCGUUUCAUCGGCAGGAUCGAUCGGCUGUAGUGUGUGUGUGUGUAUGUGUGUUUGUGUGAGGGUAAAGUCGGGAAGAAUUCCAUUCGCUGCCCAACGGAGUCCCGGUUCCCAUCUGGUCCGGCCGAGACCGGGUGUGCUGUGCCGUCCUCUAUGCAAGGAGUGCAAGUCGAAAACAUCGCCUCGAAAAAAAACAACACCAACCAACGGUAAAACGAUCGUGAGAAACAGUGUGUUUUAGAGUGUAACAGUGUGUACUAUGUGUAUGGUUUUUGUGGAAGGGAAAACAGAAAAAUACCAACGUCCACGUAAAUCAACCAGGGCAGUGAAAAGUUCAAACAAACCAACCCAUCAAAUCGUUUCUUAAUUUCAAGUUUUGUUGUGCUCUUGUCCUAACUUCGAUCCGAUCCGUGAUCGUGUUGUGCGAUCGAAUAAAACGUGUCUGUGGGGUUCAGUGUGUAUGUUUGCGUUUGCGAGGGUCUGUGUGCGAGAGGGGGUUCAACAGUGCAAAAAGUGUGCCGAAUGCGGUCCAGUGUCAUAAUCGAAAUCGGAUAUCCUGGGUUGCAAUAGCGAGUGAAUCCAUUUUGGGGGGGUGAGCAGAUAAUCGAAAUAUUCGAAAGCGUUGUCGUCCAUAAAUCUACAUAGUGCUCGUCUUGAUUCAACAAGUUUUAUCCAAACCUCAAACUAAACCGGCAUCUGCUUGGCAGAAAGAGAGAGAGAGAGCGAGAAAGAGAAAGGUUUUUGGUUUUUUGCUACCUUCUGCAAGUCGCAACAAACCAGAAUACAGACAUAGCAUCCUUCAAACCGAGCUCUCCGAGAAUCGGCCGACACAUCUCCUAUUGGAUUGGUUUCUUUACGUGUGUCAUCUUUAUCCAGCAUCAAUGGAAAUAUUUCGUAAAGGUUACUGCAGAUGGUAACGAUGCAGCAUGCGAGCUUUUUGUACCGUCAGCGCACCCUUAGAGGUUUGCGCACCACCCUCCCGACCUCUGCCUCCGGGUACCAGAUUUCUAGCUUUAAAAUUAUUGGGAACACCGCAGCCACGCACACUCUACUUCCUAGUCGAAGCAAAAAGUCGCGUACGCGAAGUAUACGCACAAACAUGCCAUCACUUCUCGAAGCAAGGCAUGCUGGACACGGAGCUGUUCGGGCUGGCCGUACUAAUAGAUGGCGAGUACCUGUUUGCCGAUCCCGAGAGCAAACUGUCCAAGUACGGACCAAAAAGCUGGCGUUCCUCGCACACUCAUGGCCUGGACGCCAACGGGAAGCCUCUCCUGGAGCUACACUUUCGCGUGCAGUUCUACAUCGAGAGCCCGCUCAUGCUGCGUGAUGAGGUGUCGCGGCACAACUACUAUCUGCAGCUGAAGUACAACGCGGUCAACCGGGACCUGCCGAAGGAGUGCUCUGAGCAGAGUUUGCUGCUGCUCGGCGGCCUCUCGUUGCAGGCGGACCUGGGCGACAGUGCACCGGAGGAUGCCGGUACCACCCUACCCACCACACCCUCGAUCAAGACGGCGACAUCCUCGACUGCGACGGUACCGUGCAGCUCAACCGCCAACCUGAACAGCACCACUGGCGGCGGCGUCCUUAGCUCGGGCGUUAGCGUUAGCAGCAGCAACAGCACAAGCAGCAGCAGUAACAGUAGCAGCAGCGCCAGCAGUAACACUAGCAGUGCUACUAGCAGCAGCACCAGCAGCAACUCCAGUACCACCUCUGCCUGCUCCCCGAACCCAUCGGCCGGUGGUGCUCCGUCCGUGUCGUCCACCUCGACAGCAGCUUCCUCAGCCUGCACUACCACCUCGGGACCUCCAGUCCAGCCCAACACCAACAUCGCAGCGAACGAUGGCGCAAGUAGCUCCACCACCACCACCACCACCACCAGUUCGCCCUCGGUGGAGUACUUCCGACCGGACGAGUACCUUAAUCCGGCGCUGCGGUCUGCCUGGGGCAUUGCGGCCGUCACCACGUGCCACCGGGACAAUCGGGGCCUCUCCCGGGCCGACGCCGAGACGCACUUCAUCCGCGAGGCGUGCAACCUGAACGAAGCGGUCAACGCGCACGUGUUCCGGAUGAAGCAGUCGAAGAACGAAACCGGCCUCGGCACGGUAGCGCUCAGCAUCUACGCGAAGGGCAUACGGAUCGCGCAGGAUGGCAGCUCGACCGCGACCACCUUCCAGUGGCCGCACAUCGGCAAGCUGAGCUUCGAUCGGAAAAAGUUCGAAAUCCGCUCGGGCGACAGCAAGAUCACGCUCUACUCCACGAACGACGACAAGAACAAGAUGAUACUGGCGCUGUGCCGCGAGACGCACCAGUUCUCGAUGAAGAUAGCGCCCCGGCUGACGGAGGCGAUAAAGCGCGAGGAGGAGGAAAGCAGCUGCAUCCACGGCUACCCGUAUCUGUGCUCGCGUGCCCUCAACCUGCCGUACAAGAGCAAGAGCGACCAGCGCAUUUCGGUCAUCUCGAGCACGAGCUCCAACACGACGUCCGGGAUCGUGAGCGAUCGCGUCCACUCGGAGGACGAGCUGGAGAUUAUGAUCAACACGCCGCCGACGGCGACACUGGCCGCGCCCUCGACGGAAAGCCUCGCACUGGCCCACCUGCUCGACUGUCCGAGCGUUUCGCGCCAGACGUCCUCCGUCGGGCAGGUGUCGCUCAAGGAGCUGGAGGGCACGUUCGCGGCACUGUCGGUGGGCCGGACGGGCAGCGUGGUGAAUGCGGCCGGUUCGCUCGUACCGUGCAGCAGCGGCGGCAGCAACACCAACAACUGUGCGAACAGUGACAGUGGCAGUGUGGAGGGUAAGCCCGACCGCCCCGGGAAGGAGUGUGAAUCGUCGCCUUCGUCCCAGCACAACAUCGGGUCACAGUGCUCGUCCACCUGCAGCACGGUCGUCGUGGCGACGGACUGUCUCAGCCUGCCGCAAAGCUCGACCGCAACGAGCACGACCACGAUCAGCAAUGGUGGCGGCAGCAACAGCACAAUGGUGCAGGCCACGAUCAGCCCGGACCGGCGGCAGACGUCGACGUGCAGCAGCCUGGUGCUUGGGUUCAGCCACACCGCCCAGAAUAGUACACUGAGCGUGGCGACCAGCACCUGUCUCGAUCACGACAUCAACGAGGAGGAGGAGGAAACGCACUCGGGCGUGUACACGAUCGCGCACGUGCCGCCGACGGAAACGAGCGGCGUGUACACGAUGAACAGCAGCGAGCUGACCGGCCAGUCGUCCGAGAUUGCCGAGUCGGAGUCGCACGAAAGCUCGCACUACGGCAGCUUCCAGCCGUGCCAGAGCGAGAUGGCGGAUCCGCUCGAGCCGGUCGACUCGGUCGAUGGGGACUACCAUCGGCCCCGGCUGGACAGUGGGCUGAACAGCGAGUUCCGGAUGCGGUCCGACUCGACCGUCAGUGCGGCUGGGUCGUUCCGGGGCGAUGGGAGCGAUCCGACGGACAACAAGCAUUCGCUGCUGAGUGCCGAGGAGCUGACCGAUCUGAUCGUGGGCCGCGGCACGUACCCGUCGCGCAAAACCGUCAGCCACACGCUCGACUCGGACUGUGACUACGUGACGCUGCCGCUGCCGCUCGAGGGCGAAAGCUACCUGCAGGGCAGCGAGGACACGGCCCCGACCGAGGACGAGUACGACGACGAGGUGCUGCCGCCGGCACCGCCCAAACGCAUCGACAGCAACAUGGCGGCGGCAGUGGCAGCUGCAGCCGUGCCGUGCCCUGCCCGGCCACCGCAACUCCCACAGCCCCCGGUCGAGCUGGCCCAGCAACAACCACCCCCACCGCCACCCCCGUACAAUGCGCAUCACGAAACGACGGGACUGCGCGGACCGGACAUACGAUCGCCCGCGCCUCCCGCGGCCACCGAUCCGGAAGCGCCAGCCAUUCCGUUGCGUGACCCACCGCCCUACCCGCAGAAACCGAUCGCCAUGCGCAAAAGUCCGAUCCUUCCGCCGGCCCUCCCGGUCACACCGUCCGUCCUAACGACAGCGCCCGUGUCCGAGGAAGUACCAGCACGGUUCAUCACCACCCGGCCCCAGAUUAACAUCCUUAAAGCGCACGCGAGCGUCGUUGGCGAAACGCCCAAGCCCAGCUUUGCCGCGCCGACCGUCAACAACAUUGGCAAUUUGGCGCAAGCAACACCACCUCCACCGCCACCGCCCGUGCCGACCGGCAUUCCGGGGUACAAUUUGCACCCGAACCACAAAGCCAUCACCUCGCCACCGCCCCCCUACCCGGAGAUGCCGAAGCCGCCGCCCCACCGUACGACCGCCUGCGUGCUGCUGCCCGUCAUCAAGCCGCGCCAGUACCACCCACCACCGCCACCAACGAUGCCACGGCAACCACCGCCUCCCCCGCCGCCCCACUCGCUGGCCACGGUGUACACCAGCCAGCUGGCCCGGUCCCAGAUCGAGCUGUACCAGCAGCAGCUGUACAGUGACGUCGACUACGUCAUCUACCCGAUCCAGGACCCGUCCAUCAGCCAGCAGGAGUAUCUAGACGCGAAGCAGGGCUCGAUCCUGGCGGCGAUGGCCCAAAGCCCGCCACCACCGCCCUACCUCGCCUACCAUACCGUGCGCGCACACAACCGCAGCUGGGAUGCGUGCAAAAACCACGCGAUCUAUCGCAGCACGCCCUACCUGUCGAUGGCGCUGUCGUCCAACUCGCGCUACGCCUCCACCCAGAACCUGUCCGACACGUACGUCCAGCUGCCGGGUGCGUACUCCCCCCUCUACAGCCCGUCGGUCGCAAGCCUCUGCUCCUCGUACGAGCCGCCACCGCCGCCACCGCUACGGCCCCGCCCGAUGGUGUCCUCGAAGGCGAGCGCCGGCUCGAUGCAGCCGAACGGUGGCGCCCACCUAUCGAUGGCCUCGGCCGGCCCAUCGCCCGCCCUGUUCGCCCGCUCCCGCUCGGACGAUAACAUCCUCAACUCGGUCGAAAGUACGCCCAAGAUACGGCGCCAUCCGCCGCCACCGCCGCCACCGCCGUACGAGAGCAAGAAAGCGAUCCGGAAGCCACCGCUGCCGCUGCCAACGCCGAUGGAGAAGCUCAUCCCGAAGCCCCCGAUGGCUGUCCCCUCACCUUCGCAGCCGGUCGUGCCAGCGUUCAAUCCGGAACGGCCACCGGAAGUGCCAGCAAAACCGACACCACCGAAACCGAGCGGCCCGAGCGCGAAGCUGCAGGCGCAGAUCAAAAAGCAGUACCCGGACUUUGACCUCAGCACGGUCGCGUCGAUGGUGGACCAGCAGCCCGUCAACGACCACACCUCGAUCGACAUCAAAACGCUGCGGGAAAAGAGCAAACAUCUCGAUCUGCCACUGAUAUCGGCGCUCAUGCACGAUCGCUCGCUGCUCAAGCAGACGCGCGCCUUCGUCAUGCCCAAGCACCCGAAAGCGAACGUCUCCAACGGACUACCGAAAGGGGCGGGCGGUGGUAGUGGAGUGAGCGGUCCCGCCGGUGGCACUGCCACACACAACGGCGAGGUCCCAACCAGCAAUGGAGGAUCUCCGCCGGGCAGUCAGCCAUCGCCGAAAUCCAAGUAUCCCGUGUCGGGCCUAUCCACCACGCAGCUGGCCAAACCGCGCAAGACUUCGGCCAGCCAUCGGCAUCCGAACGACAAGCUGCCGCCGCUGCCGGGGCAAACGGGCCCAGGGCAGACGGGACCGACAGCGGAGGGCAAUAACUACGUCAUGGAUCCGACACCGACCCCGAUCAAGCAGAAAAGCUUCAGCUCCUCCCAACCCAGUGCCUGAUGCGGGAGUGAAAAAGGAGUCUGCAACGGGCUGCUGCCUCAAGUUCAACUCUCUUUCACUCUUUCUCUAUUUUUACCCACCGACAAUGUCCUCUCUUUCUAUCAUUCUCUCUUGAUCGUGGUUGCGAAUUUUUAUGAGCGACGCACCGAUCAGCAGUGCCACCGUCGCAUCAUCAUCAACAGUGCAGCAGUAUUUUGUAGUAUUUAUUUGUUCGCCAUCUCUUCGUUGCGCUCAAUAGCGGACUCGAUGCGGGUGUUAUUGAGAGCAAGAUAAUGGUUCAACAUCGGAUUGAUCUUUAAUGAUAUGAAGUAAUCAAGCAAUGGCAAAAUAGGGAAGGAGAUUCAGAUAGGAUGAAAGAUCGAGCUGGAACAGUUCCAUAUGAAGGAACAAAUGCGCUGCAAAUAGGGUGAAAGAAUGCGAAGGGAGGACUGGAACCGAAAUGGCAACCGUACGAAAAUGAAGGAAACACAUCAAACGGAAGGUAUAAUUGGAAAAUUACUCAGGUUUAUUACUCUUGUUUUUUGCUUUGAUUAGUUCGCGUUUAUUUUUAUUUUUUCGAUGUUUGCGAAUUGUACGUAUGUGUCCGUGGGCAGAAGAACAGAAAGCGUAUCUGCUUCACACACUCACACACACACAAACACUUUUGUUUUUAUAAAACUUUUAGCAGUAGUAUUUUUUAACUAUGUAAAUAGGGUAGGGCUGAUGAGCUGACGAGCAGACGGCAGUAAACGAUAUGCGAUAAUGUCAAACUCGAAUCGAAUUAAGGUGUUGCUCGACGAACAAUACGUAGACAUAUAAUUCAAGCAGGUGCUAAGGCAACGGAACAGCGGAUACAUGUUGCCCCAAAACAUACACGCACGCACGCAGGAGGAAACGAGAAACUAAAAAGAAUCGUUUUAAGUUGUAGCUCGAUGGAACUGGAGCAGAGAAGCAACUUGGAAACAGUGCGGACAGCAAGGCGGACCAUACCUAGACAUGUAGUUCAAGAAGGUGCCAACACUCACAAUACGGAUUGUAAUAUAUUUGCCCAAUACAUGCAGCGCACGCACUAAGAGUAAAACAUCCAACAGAACAUGGUCCACAGGUCUUUUAAGCUACUAACAAUUACGGAGAAGAAAGACUAAUUUAGAGCCUAGAGAAAAGCGGACUGAUCUUGCUAUCUAAUGGAUAUAAAAAAAAGAACAAAACGAAAGGGAUAUCAAAAUGAUACAAGCGUGAUUGUCAAAUAGAAAGUGGGAAAGAAUUCUAAAAUGAAAAGGAUAGGAAAGGAUAGAAAUCGUAAAAGUGCAUCAUAAUUUGGUGAAAAUGUUUUGGUGGAAAUUUUUGCUCUUUUUGGGAACGUUAUUAUUUAUGAAAUAUUCAGAAUUCAGUUUUUGGGGUUUUGCCUUAUAUUUUUCUGUUUUGGUUUGCAAUGUUUAGUCUUAUUCGGUCUUAUUUUAUCAAAAUUGUUCUAACAAACAAAAAGGUAAAAAUGGUAACAAAAAAAGGAUACAUCAGCUCUUAUUCAUAUAGGUUUAUAGGUAGGACUCGCUUUAUGGAUUUUUGCUCAAAUAAUGGCAAAGAUAGUUUGCCAUCGUUAGGUGUUCUUUUCGUUUGUUUUACUAGAGGGUUUGCUAUCGAUCGUAACACCGCCAAGGGACACGGUUACGUCUCGUCGCUAGUCAACUCCAUUCACUAGAGUGCGAUAGGAUUGACUCACGACGACACGUGUCCCAUUCGGUAUUGGGCUAAAUCGCAAAUCUUGGUAAAGCACCUGAAAAGAUUUAAACACAGGAAGAAAGGAACAAAGAAGCAGAGAGUGAGUGUGUGAGAGAGAGAGAGGGGAAACACUUACGAAUGUAUAAAUAGGGAGGGUUCUGUUUGGAAAUUAUCUUGUUUCUUACUUUCUGGUUUGGGGGAACAACAGACACAGUCGUGCCUCCGGAGCGUCCAGAUAGAGUGACUAGAGCGGUACUAGUGGUAGAUUUUAAUAGCUAUUUAAUCCGUUCUGUUCUGCUGUCCAGUGAGUGGGCGACAGCGCAGGGGAACGGUAGAUUUAAGUGAAAUCGUUCUCUCUCACACACUCUUUCUGUCUCUCUUACUGGUUCCUGUUAGCUUCUUCAUCCAUUCCUAAAAGCGCAGGACGUUAGAUAGUUUAGCUAGGGGGAAGGAAACGCCAGCAUACGAAGUUCGGAUAUUCAGAGAUUCAGGAGGAUCGUUAAGUGUAUAGUGUAGGAUAGAGGCGGCAGGCCACCCUCCCACCCGAUGAGGGAGCACCGAUCGGACCGUGUCCCGCUUUACGGUGUACCGCUUUGCGGAAGGAUUUGCGUUUUAAAAUUUCCAACUAUGCGUUUGUUUCUUUUAUUAACAAACUUUCAAUAUACAAUUAUUAUUAUUAAUAAUGUAGUUUAAAUGUUUAGAUAGGCAACCAGCAAACCAGCAAAUAAAAUCUAGAGAUCUAAUGAAACAAUACAAUUCAA